ACCUGAGAGGAGAGAAGAAGAGGAGAAGAUCACGCAGGUUGUUGUUUCAGAAUCCAGCGGCUCGUGAGAGAAUGGAGAACAAGCUGUGUGCACUCCUCAUCGUGAUCGGUUUUUCCGCCUCGCCGGUCCUUCAGCAGUCGAUGAACAUGUACUACUUCGUGUCGGAGUUAAAAACAUUCACCGAAGCCCAGCUGUACUGCAGAGCGACGCACACGGACCUGGCCGUGAUUGAAAACACGGACGAUCUGGACACGCUUGGGACCGACCGGGUCACGUACUCGGGCGCCUGGAUCGGCCUGACGGAAAGCGGCUUCCUUCACUGGCGCUGGGCUCUGGCAGACGCACGCCUUUAUAAAGACGGAGAGACCAAGUACAGAAACUGGGCGCCAUUCGAGCCGGACGAUGGAGUGAAUCAAAACUGCGUCAUCAUGACUUAUAAAGGACUGUUUCAGAACACCAACUGCCUCGAUCCCUUCAACUUCAUUUGUUAUGACGCGAGAGGGUCUGAGCAUCGAUACGUCUACAUCAGCUUCCUCUACAUAUGGAGAGAAGCCCAGCGCUACUGCAGGCUGUAUUACACCGAUCUGGUGAGCGUCAGGAACCCAGACGAGAACAAUCAGAUUAUGGACCUGAUUCCCACGCUGGGCUUCGCGUACAUCGGCCUCUUCAUGGACGACUUCGACUGGUCCGACGGGAGCGCGUCGUCCUUCAGGAACUGGGAUUUGCUUCAGCCAGAUUUCCUCGGGGAAUGCGUCGCGGUGAUGGACAACAAAUUCUGGAAAACGGAGCUCUGCGGAAAGCUGAAGCCCUUUUUCUGCUAUGAGAGUGCAGCCGGUAUAAAGAGACAGAUCCUGCGGCUGGAGGUCAAAGCCGCUCUGAAUGUCAAUGAUCCAGGUACGCAGACGUCCAUUUUAGCGAAGAUCCAGCAGAGACUACAGAAACUGGGAGUGACAAACAUCACCAGGCUGGAGUGGAGAACGGAAACAAACGGAUGACUUUUCAGAAGAGAGUAGAAUGAGAAGCAGAAUGAUGCACUGAUACUCAAAACCUGCCUUAGAUGAAGCCUAACCCGAAACAACACACUACUAAACCACUACUCAACCACUACUAAACCACUACUCAACCACUACUCAACCACUACUCAACCACUACUAAACCACUACUCAACCACUACUCAACCACUACUAAACCACUACUCAACCACUACUAAACCACUACUAAACCACUACUAAACCACUACUCAACCAC